AGAAAGAAAGAGAGAGAGUGAGAGAGAAAGAGAGUGAGAGACUAGAGACCGCGACCGCUACUCUCAGGGCUAGACUGCGGGUUUCACAAGCUGCCUCACUCUGAUAGAGAGACAAGAAACAACGCCACGCAGGGGGCAAGACUAGUCGUGACAGGUGAGUCGUUAGAGAGAGAGAGACCGAGAGUGGGAGACCAGAGACCGAUGCAAGAGACCGCGAGCGCUACUUUCAAAGCUAGAUUCCACAAGCUGCCUCACUUCUCUCCGGACGUAGGUGUAGCCAGCAUAAGCGUGGCGCCAAUAUCCAAGAACAACGCGACACAGCGCGCGGGACGCGCGGGCAGGACUGCGCGAGGGAAGUGUUACAGGUUAUACACAGAAGAGGAAUACGACAAGUUACCGCCGUGCGUGCCGCCAGAAAUAUCCAGGAGCGACUUAUCCUCUGUCCUGUUGCAGCUGAAAGCCUUGGGUAUCCAUAAUUUACUGCGGUUCACAUUCCCCACGCCACCACCAGCCAAAAGUCUUCUCUCUGGUCUAGAAACGUUAUACGCUCUGAAGGCCAUAGACAAGCAUGGGGAUUUGACCACAGAUAUCGGAGUGCUUAUGGCCGAGUUGCCUUUGAGUCCUAUGUGUGCGAAGAUGCUUUGUAACAGUGGCGAAUUCGGGUGCAUAGACGAGGCUCUGUCCAUAGCGGCUAUGCUGCAGGUAGACAGCGCGUUCGCUAAAGGAGGUACUGGCAAAGAGAAUAUCGCGGCUAGGAUGGCGAGGAGGAACAACUUUGAGGUAGCAGAAGGCGACAUAAUAAUGUACCUGAAUGUGUACGACGCGUUCGUGAAAGUGAGAGACGCGCAGCCGGACGAAAGACGCGCGAGAAAGGCGUGCAAAGACUGGUGCAGGAAGAUGUAUGUCAAUUACAGGGUUAUGGAGAAGGCCUGUGAGAUCCGAUGCAGCUUAGAGAAACUAGUCAAAAAUAAAUUCCAAUUGAAAAACAAGACCUUCGAACAGCCAGAUCUGGGAUUAGAUAAAACCAUUCGCGUGAUGAAAUGCGUCCUGUCAGGCCUGUUCCCUCAAGCGGCCUACCUCAGCACGACCGGCGAGUAUCGCGGCCUCCGAGGCGCCACGCUACACAUCAGCCCCGACAGCUGUCUCUACCACACACAACAGCCCAAGUGGGUGGUAUUCGCCAGCGUCCAAAGCGCCGGCGACAAGACGUUGAUGCGUGAACUGACGGUGACCCAGGAGGCGUGGCUGCUCGAGGUGGCGCCGCACUACUACCGGCAGACCUAAUACACUGGCGAUUGAUAUUAUUAUGGUAUUCGCCAGCGUCCAAAGCGCCGGCGACAAGACGUUCAUGCGUGAACUGACGGUGACCCAGGAGGCGUGGCUGCUCGAGGUGGCGCCGCACUACUACCGGCAGACCUAAUACACUGGCGAUUGAUAUUA